AUGGAGGAGGGAGCUGGGGAGGCACCAGGGCUGGGCAGGUCUGCUGCUUCUAAGGAUUUCCGCUUCUAUCACACGGAUCUGUAUGACUCUGAAGACAGACUGCAGAUCUUCCCAGAAGAGAGUACUCGGAUGAGAAGAGAAGGUGUCCAAGCUGAAAUGACCCAUGAGCCCAUGAGAGGGGGCGUGAAAGGGAAGGCUCAGAGAGACCUUGGAGAGGAAGUGGAUGAACUUGUCCAUCUCUAUGGACUUGAAGAUGAUCACGAAUUAGGGGAUGAGUUUAUUGAGGAAAACACACCCAGAAUAGAGGUUUCAGAAUAUCCUUCUUAUAUGAUGAUGGGGAGUGAGCAGAGAGACUGGAGACUUACUGGUGAGGCGGCUCAGGGUGAGGACCUGGGCUUCAUGGGCUGGGGCUCAGUAGGCCAGUGCCAGGACUUGCGGGAAGCCUAUAGGUACAGCCACGGCCGUGCCAGCGAGGAGUAUGAGUGCUACGUCAUCCCAGAGGAGGAGGACGAGGAAGAAGCAGCUGACGUCUUCUGUGUCACUUGCAAAACCCCAAUAAGAGCAUCAGAGAAGGAUCAGGAUGAACACAAGCAGCAUGAGGUGACCCCGCUCAGUAAAGCCCUGGAGAGCGCCAAGGAUGAAAUUCACAAAAAUAUGUACAAGUUGGAAAAGCAAAUUAUUGAGAUGGAAAACUUUGCAAGUCACUUAGAAGAGGUUUUCAUCACGGUGGAGGAGAAUUUUGGAAGACAAGAACAAAACUUUGAGUCUCAUUACAACGAAAUCUUGGAAACACUUUCCCAAAAAUAUGAAGAAAAAAUACAAGCUCUAGGGGAGAAAAAGAAAGAGAAGCUGGAAGCCUUGUAUGGACAGCUGGUCAACUGUGGAGAAAAUCUUGACACCUGCAAAGAGCUGAUGGAAACAAUAGAGGAGAUGUGUCAUGAAGAGAAGGUUGAUUUCAUAAAGGAUGCUGUGGCUAUGGCUGACAGACUCAGAAAAUUCCUGCAAACAAAAACAGAUGUGGAGAUCUCAGCGCAGCCUGACUUUGAAGACCAGACCUUGGAUUUCUCUGAUGUGGAGGAGCUGAUGGGCUCCAUUAACACCAUCCCAGCUCCUUCUGCUCCAGUGAUAAACCCACAGGCCCCUAACUCAGCCACGGGUUCUUCAGUCCGAGUGUGCUGGAGCUUGUACUCCGAUGACACCGUGGAGAGCUAUCGGCUGUCCUACCGGCCAGUGCAGGAUGGCUCGCCUGGGAAGGAGCAAACAGAGUUUACAAUGACUGUCAAAGAAACAUACUGCUCAGUGACAAACCUGUUGCCAAACACGCAGUAUGAAUUUUGGGUCACAGCUCAGAACAGGGCCGGCCUCAGCCCCACCAGUGAGCGUGCGGUGUACAUGACAGCGCCUUGUCCCCCCAUUAUAAAAAGCAAAGAGAUAAGGAGCUGCGAGGAGGCUGCGCUCAUCUCCUGGGAGUCUGGAAACUUGAACCCUGUGGAUUCAUACACGGUGGAGCUGACCCAGGCAGAGACGCCGGGGGCCUCGGGUGUAACUGAGUCCGUUGUGGGCAUCCCGACCUGCGAGUGCCUGGUGCAGCUGCAGCCCCGACAGAACUACACCAUCUAUGUGAGAGCCCUCAACGUGGGCGGCCCCAGCGCAAGGAGUGAGCCCACUACCGUCCACACCACAGGUCUCUACUUCCCCCUGAACGAGCACACCUGCCAUCCCUGGCUGACUGUAUCCGAAGAUGGGCUCACGGUUGUGCGAAGCGAGAGCAGAGGCCCCACCAGGGAGCCAGUCCCCAGCGACACCCAGUUUACCAGGUGUGCUGCAGUCAUGGGAAACCUGAUUCCAGUCCGAGGGCGCCAUUACUGGGAGGUGGAGGUGGACGAGUGUUUGGACUACACGGUGGGUGUGGCCUUUGAAGAUGUCCCCAGACAGGAGGACCUGGGAGCAAACCGCCUCUCAUGGUGCAUGAGGCACGCAUUUUCGUCAUCAGGGCAUAAGUAUGAAUUUCUACACAACAAGAUGACUCCAGACAUAAGAAUAACGGUUCCCCCAAAGAAGAUUGGUAUUCUGUUAGACUAUGAAAAUGCAAAGUUGUCAUUUUUCAAUGUGGACAUUUCUCAGCAUCUGUAUACAUUCAGCUGUCAGCUUCACCAGUUUGUGCAUCCUUGUUUUUCCCUGGAAAAGCCUGGCUGCCUGAAGAUACACAACGGUAUCUCGAUGCCAGAGCAUGCCACUUUCUAUUAG